AUGGACGACACGACAUCACCAACGCCCGCGCAGGAAGAAUCGCUGAGCGCCUACCGAGCGAGACUGAAAGGUCAACAACAAGCAAAGCCUCUGAUCGAGCAGGUCAGCAACCAGUGGAAGUCCGACAAAGCGGAUCCUUACGGCACAGACGAGGAGUUCCAAGAAAUCGGCUUCUGUGAUCUCGACGAAGAGGGGAGCUGCGCCAAUGUCAGCCGGGAUAUUGUUGCUUCGAGACGCUUUCGCAGGAUGAUUGCAUAUGCGCUGCUCUUUGGCGUAGCGCUGUACUACCUAUGGUCGAGAUAUGUGCAACCGCCAUUGGACGACGAAUGGGCAUACAAGGAGGGUUUCGUGUCACAAAAGAACGGAACGUACGGCAUUGCACAAGGAGGUGACCUUGAUGCGGAUUUGGUGAGGAUCAAAGACUUGGACAAUCACUUGCUGCCGGGCGGACCUCAUGAUCCAGAUGGCAAGAGACGACUGGUGUUCGUGGGAGAUGUCCAUGGAUGCAAGAAGGAACUCAUCGAGCUGUUGGAGGAGGUCGGCUUUCGGGAGGAGACGGACCACCUUGUCCUGACUGGCGAUGUCAUCUCAAAGGGUCCUGACAAUGUCGGGGUACUCGAUGAACUCAUCCGGCUGAAUGCUACCAGCGUACGAGGAAACCACGAAGACCGAAUCCUUCACGUGGCUGAGAACCUGGACCUGACUGCAACGGAUGUCCCUUCCGAGCAAUCUACCAGCAAAGGCUUCUCCAAAGACGCUGCCAUCUACCGCCAGUUGAAGCCACAUCACGUUCGAUACCUUCGAGACAUGCCGCUAAUGCUUCACAUCUCGUCCCUGCCACAAGCUCUCACCCCUACCAAGAAAGAUUCUUCGCCUAUCGCCGAACACAUGCUCGUUGUACACGCGGGCUUGGUGCCAGGCGUCCGCCUGUCAAAACAGGACCCGUACUUCGUUAUGAACAUGCGCUCUAUCAACCGCCGUACCCACGUACCUUCAGCUCAACGAGAAGGAAAGAAUGCGAAGCCCUGGUAUGACCUCUGGGGCUGGUACAACAAGCGAAUCUUCAAGCGACUAUCAACGGACAAUUUCCACAUAACCUUGGACGAGCAAAGUGAAGCUCUAGGGGCCUCCGGAUCUGAUUACUGGCCGUCUACACUCUGGAAGAACUUCUUUGGGUCACGGAAGUCCCAUCUAAAGCCUCAGGUCGUCGUAUAUGGCCAUGACAGCAAGUCUGGACUACAGAUCAACCGCUUUUCCAAAGGGUUGGAUUCGGGCUGCGUGGGAGGCGGAAAGCUCACAGCAAUGACACUGGAUGCGAAAGGUCGGACUCGCUUCUUUCACGUGGGCUGUGACAAUUACAGAGGAUAG